AUGGUCACCAUCGUGAACAACGUAGACAUAAUAUUAUACAACGGAAUCACUUCAUUUUUCCUCUCCACAUUAUGCCCCUUCACUCAAACUCUACUUAAGCAACUUAUGACUUUUGCAUGUGACUACUUUUUGCAGGAGUUUGACAAAGAAGAAUCGUACCGCGUGCAACAAAUGUUUGACGCAAUUGAUACCAUACUGUACGAGACAGAUGACAUGUUACUCGGGGAGUCGAAAUUUCGCACGCAGAAGUCAAACAAACGCUCAACAUCUCCUUUAGGCACCAAAGUUUUGAAGGUAUCACAGUACCUCGGGCAGAAUAACGGCGUCCCCCUAGAUCCAGCCAUAAAGGAACUGAGUUGUGCUCCUCACAAGCAAAUGAAUGCCCUUCAAGGAAGCGCGAGGCCAAUUCAAAUGUUACCCGGCGUCGAACAUCUUUUACCCGAAUGCAAAGAAUGGGCUGAGAAGUUUCCUCACCUGCGUAUACGUGGUGCAGGUAUAAAAAAAGCGGAGAGGACCUCGACUGUAGCCAAAAAGGCUAUUACGUUCACUCUGGAAACGUCAUCAAAAGCAAACAUCGGAAAGGUUACCAUGCCAGAGAUUCCUGAUCUGCAUAGAUCGGGCUAUGUUGUAGAGGGUUCCGAAAUAUGUAAACCGCUAACUAACGGAGCUUUCACACAUCAAAUACCACCAAGUCUGAAUACACCCAACUACAUGCCUCAUCUGCUUGUUCGGGGCCAGCAGUUGUCUCCACGAGUGCCACAAACGUUACCAGGGAUGCAUCUGACCACCUGGUCUCAGUACCCUCGAAAAAUCGCCAGCGGUCGCCAUUCUGCGCCAAAAUCCACGCGACCGUCUGUACCCCAACCUGCGAAAGUUCGUAACCUGCUUACGGAUGAUCUGGCCAUUGCACGUGUGGGCUCUUGUCCCUAUGCGGCCGAUACUACGAUGAUUGACAAGUUGACUCGUCGUAUUCUUUCAACUCCAGAUCCGCGUUCGCGUAACCUGAACCUUCUCACCAGGAUUAAAACCGAAACUAGUCGUUUAUCCGGUCGUUCGCGUCUUUCACCUGUGGAGUCUACUUCGCCUGGUCCGCGCACACCUGCAGAAGGAACUCGAAACUGGGGAGCCGGAGAUCAGUUAAGCCCGUAUUUAAAGACCUCGAGGGUGAAGAGUGAGCAGAAUACACGCAAAUUGCGCCUGGCUCGAAGCGUGCAGAAGUUGAGCGAGCUUGCCUCUGACUGUCCGCCGCAAUAUGCGGUUCACAUCAAUACGGUGUCGGACAGCAGCGCCGUACUCAAAGAGGAAAUCCUGGCCAUCCUUUACGCGGACGUUGCGGCCGCCGUGUUUGCAGUAGCUUCUGGAAAUGCAGCGCAGGUCGUAAUAGGUUUCGCAAGGCUGACAAGAACCUUGUCAAGCCUAAUUGACGACGACUUCCUCUCGAAUUCAUUCAUCAAGCUGGUCGCGUUGAGCGGAGCGUUAGAAGCAGAGGUCUCUGCUGCCUACAGCCAUUGUCCCUCAAGCGGAGAGGUUCAGUUCUGUUUUCGGUACACCAACCAACCAUUUCUCGCCCGUCAGGCGUUCGAUUUGAACCUGCUAGAACCUCUUCGAUAG